AUGUGUUCUGAUUUGCUUGCUUUGGUGCCAGCGAGAUGGGGUCGAGGAUUCGGUCUGUUGGGUUCCAUCUUUGGAAAGGACAGUGCAAUAAAUCAGUCAAACAGUGUUUUUGGACUCGUGUUUUAUAUACUACAAAUGCUACUUGGUAUGACAGCAAGUGCAGUAGCAGCUCUAAUCCUCAUGACAUCCUCCAUAGUGUCUGUAGUAGGGUCAUUGUACUUGGCAUACAUUCUGUACUUCGUGCUGAAGGAGUUUUGCAUUGUCUGCGUCAUCACAUAUUUGCUGAACUUCAUUCUCUUUAUCAUCAACUACAAACGACUAGUUUAUUUGAACGAGGCCUGGAAACGGCAACUCCAACCCAAACAGGAAUAACGCCUGUUUGAACUUUUGACUGACAGUCUGAAGACCCAACUUCCAUUAAGUUUAUUUUGCAGUAAUUUUUUAUUCUCCAUAUCAGACACUUUCCCUGAGAAUCAUAACUGAAUUUUUAAUUAUAAAUUUGAAGGGGCCCUAGAUAAUUUUUUUGUGCUAAUCUUCAAUUUAAAUGUGGUUAUGAAAGAAAGCUCUAAUACAAUCAAAGACAAGCUUUAACUUUACUUUGAAGGAGUUUUAGCCACAGCAAAACCUAGACUCUGUCUCUUCCCCCUCCACUUGUGAAGUGGGUAACACUUGCUAUAAAAUAUCCUGUAUAUAAAUUCAGGUAUAACAAGAUGCGAUCAUGACAUUAAAUAUUCUAGACUAGCAUUACCAUAUUUAAUGUUGCCAUGUUUACAGUAUGUGUAUUACUUUUUUUUUAGCUGAUGGACUUAGAUUUGACUGGGACUUAUACUGUAAAUAAAAUUAGAAAUAUUGGUUUCAUCCCUGGAGAACUCGCUGUGCAACCAGUUUUGUCAGCCUAGGAGCUGUCAGAGUGUUCAGCUAACAGUCGACUGACAGGAUGGAAGAAGUGACCUCUGUAGAGAACACCGUGUUGCUGCACUCACUGCUAGUGCUUUCACAAGAAUGAUGGCUGGGGUUUGUUCCUUUUUUUCUCUUUUUGUCUCCAGUAACAAAAAUGGAAUUAAAGCUGAAACCUGAAGUAUGUUC